GAGAGAGAUCGAAGAAAAUCAAUCGAUAAAUAGAAAGAGGGAAAAAUCCGUACAAAUUAGAAAUCAAGGUUUGGGCGACAAUGGCGUCGUACUAUGCGGGGCAAAACGUCGAUCUGGAGAAGGGGAACGGGGAGAAGCUGUACCCAGGGAUGAUGGAGAGCCCGCAGAUGCGGUGGGCAUUCGUUCGGAAGAUUUAUUCGAUUCUGUUCGUGCAGCUGCUGAUUACGUUUGGAGUUGCGCUCGCGAUGUAUUUGGUUGAACCUGUCGGGCGUUUCCUGCGCACGCGCGACGGCCUCGCUGUCGUCAUCGUCGUCACCGUGCUUAUGGUUAUAUUUUGCAUAACAAUGCAUUGCGUGGCUCAUAUCCAUCCCUGGAACUACAUUUUUAUGUUUCUCUUCACCAUCUCCAUGGCUGGCAUGGUUGGGGUUGUUUGCACUCAAAAAUCAGGUGAAUCUUUGUUAUUGGCAGCCGGCUUAACGGCGCUCAUCUUUCUUGCCCUCACCGUAUUCACAUUUGUCGCUGCAUCUUUUGGCUUCGACUUCAGCUUCUUGGCACCGUUCUUGCUUUGCGCCACUUUGUUGCUGAUAACCUUCGGUUUUAUUAGGAUGCUCUUCCCAAUGGGACAUAUUUGGAAUCAAGUGUAUGGCUUCCUCGGGGCAAUGCUAUUCUCGGCAUUCAUCAUAUACGACACUGAUAAUGUGAUCAAACGAUUUGACUACGAUCAAUACAUCGAAGCAGCUGCCGCACUUUAUAUGGACAUAAUCAACUUGUUCUUGAGCUUACUCGAACUUUUCGGAGGUCCUAGAACCUAA